UUCAACUUCUCAAUCUUCUGCUCAUUCCUCCUUACACAGGUUCACUUGUCUUUGCCAAAAUGGCUCAACUCCUGAACAGUAUAUUCACCGUGAUCAAGAUAUUCCAGAAAUAUGCUAAAGAGGAUGGGGACUGUGCCUUACUGUGCAAGAAGGAGUUGAAGCAACUGCUCUUGGCUGAGUUUGGAAACAUCCUCCGGAGACCAAAUGACCCAGAGACUGUGGAAACCAUCUUGAGCCACUUGGAUAAAGACAGAAAUGGACAUGUUGAUUUUCAAGAAUAUCUCUUGUUGGUGUUCCAGUUGGCCCAAGCUUGCUAUCAUAAGCUGGAAAAUGAGUCACAUGGAAAUAAAACUUCCCAGCAAGAAGGAGAGCAGGAGGGAACACAAGACCAUAAGUUUCCAGGAACUGCAGGCAGACAACACAGGCAGAGGCAUGAGGGAGAAAGGCAGGACUUUCACCACAGUCAAUCUGAUGGACAAAACCAGGACAUCCGCCAGGAUCAAACUGAGAGACAAGAUAGAGAUUCCCACUACGGUCAGUCUGAGAAACAGGAUCAGGACUCCCACCAUGGUCAGUCUGAAACAACAGAUAGGAACUCCUAUGAUCAUUCUGAGAGGCAAGGUCAGGACUCCAGCUCUGAUCAAAGACUGAGUCAUAAAUCUAGCAGCGGCCAUCCUGGAAGACAAGGAUAUAUCUUUGCCCUAAAUCCGUGUGAGAGACAAGUUCAGUCCGAAAGGCUUAGACAACAAGCAAGCUAUCACCAGCCUGGAAGACUUGGAGAGGACUCUUGUUCUAGCCAAACCAACCAGCAGGAAUCAGGCUCUUAUUAUGGAUAUUCUGUGAGGCUGGGUCAAGAAUCAGGCUGCCAUAGUUCCCACUAUGGUCAGACAGACAGACAAGGCCAGGGUUCCCACUAUGGUCAGACAGACAGACAAGACCAAAGUUCCCACCAUGGUCAGACAGACAGACAAGGCCAGAGUUCCCACCAUGGUCAGACAGACAGACAAGGCCAGAGUUCCCACCAUGGUCAGACAGACAGACAAGGCCAGGGUUCCCACUAUGGUCAGACAGACAGACAAGGCCAGAGUUCCCACCAUGGUCAGACAGACAGACAAGGCCAGGGUUCCCACUAUGGUCAGACAGACAGACAAGACCAAAGUUCCCACCAUGGUCAGACAGACAGACAAGGCCAGAGUUCCCACUAUGGUCAGACAGACAGACAAGACCAAAGUUCCCACCAUGGUCAGACAGACAGACAAGGCCAGGGUUCCCACUAUGGUCAGACAGACAGACAAGGCCAGGGUUCCCACUAUGGUCAGACAGACAGACAAGGCCAGAGUUCCCACCAUGGUCAGACAGACAGACAAGGCCAGAGUUCCCACUAUGGUCAGACAGACAGACAAGGCCAGGGUUCCCACUAUGGUCAGACAGACAGACAAGGCCAGGGUUCCCACUAUGGUCAGACAGACAGACAAGGCCAGGGUUCCCACUAUGGUCAGACAGACAGACAAGGCCAGAGUUCCCACUAUGGUCAGACAGACAGACAAGGCCAGAGUUCCCACCAUGGUCAGACAGACAGACAAGGCCAGGGUUCCCACUAUGGUCAGACAGACAGACAAGGCCAGGGUUCCCACUAUGGUCAGACAGACAGACAAGGCCAGGGUUCCCACCAUGGUCAGACAGACAGACAAGGCCAUAGUUCCCACUAUGGUCAGACAGACAGACAAGGCCAGAGUUAUCAGUAUGGUCAGACAGACAGACAAGGUCAGAGCUCUCAAUAUAGUCAGUCAGAGACUGGGGAGACCGGACAGAAUAGGUGCUCCCAUAGACGUGAGAGAGUAAGCAGAGGUUCAUAUGUUGAGCAAUCAGGAAGGUCAGGGAGACCAACUCAACAGACUCAAGGACAGAAUGUGAGCCGAGAUCAAGGACAGAGAUUUCAAUCUAGGGAAGGGCAGAAGAACAGCCAUGAGGCAUCAGAGCCUGAAGAAGAUAGACAACACCACCAACACAAACUUGUAGCACAAAUCUGGCAAGAAAAGCCACAUUGUCACAAAGAGAGUAGUGGGCAAUUGUGCAGUAGUGAGCAGGGCCACAGCCAGGCCCAGACCAGGGAGAGUUGUGGUGAGGGGCAGAGCCACCAGGCAGAGGAAGAGCAGGGCCACCAAAUCCAGGGUAGACAUGGUUGUAAGAGUCAGGAAACUCCAUGUGAGGAAGAGGACAGGCAAACCCAUGAAGAUAAGCAAAACCAUCAAAGACAAAACAGGCAAACCCAUGAAGAGGAUCAAAAUGGCCAGCAACAACAGAAUAAGCAAACCCAUAAGAAGAAAGAAAGAUAUCAAGGGUCCCAGAAUCAGCAUUCUCAUGGAACCCAGCAAGGCUGUGCUAACAGAGAAAAAUUCCUCAUAAAUGAGGAUGUCCAGAGCCAAGGCUCCCAGGGAAGGCACAAGGACAAAGCCUUCUAUCCAACCCAGAGUGGUGGGAGGCCCCCAAAAAGAGAAGAGGGUGAAAGUCACCAUACCAAGGCAGCUCUUGCUCCCAACCCCCUCUAUGACUAUCUACAAGAGCAGAAAGCUCAUAAGCACGUUUACUUGAAUUUAGGGGGAAAAAUGUCUCCACUUCUGAGAAGCAUCUUUGAUAUCACUGAAGUUUUCAAUCAAUAUGCCUCACAUAAUUGUGAUGGAGCAGCACUAUGCAAGAAAGACCUGAAGAAUCUCCUUGAAAGAGAAUUUGGAGCUGUCCUUCAGAGACCACAUGAUCCUGAAACGGUAGAUCUGGUCCUAGAACUUCUGGAUCGCGACUGUAACGGGCUUAUAGAUUUCAAUGAGUUCCUCCUGUUCAUUUUCAAGGUGGCUCAAGCUUGUUAUUAUGCCCUCGCGGAGGCCUCAGGGCUAGUGGAGAAGGGAGACAAGUGUGAGGGAAAGGGGAACCCAUUACAAGAUCGCAGGCAAGAAGGCCAAAGGAGGUUUGAGCCCCGGGAGAGACAGUUGGAAGAAGAACGCAGGCAGAAGAGGCAACAACAAGAGAGGGAGUUCACCGAAGAAGCGGAGCAGAGGGAGAAGGAAGAGAGACAUGAGCAAGGGCUGCAAAGGCAAGAAUGGGAAGCGCGCCUUGAGGAGGAAGAGCCGCUGCACAGGUGCAAGAGACUGGUGCCUGAGGAGUUUCCUGUCCAAGAGAGGAGGCGAGAAAGGCAGGAGCAGCGAGAGCGCCAGGAAGAGGAGCAACUACCCCGGCGGGAAGGGCAGGAGCUGAGGAGGGAGCACCUGGAGAAAGAAGAGCAGCUUCAAAGGCAGAGGCGUGAGCGCCGGGAGCGUUUGGAGCAGGAGAGGCGCCAGCAGCAGCUCAGGCGAGAGCAAGAGCUCAGGCGUGAGCAGGAACCACGCUUGGAACAGAAGCUGAGGCGCCAGCAGGAGCUGAGGCGGGAACAGGAAGAAAGGCGUGAACAGGAGCCGGUCUUGGAGCAGCUGAAGCGCGAGCAGGAGGAGAGGCAUCAGCAGGAGCUGAGGCGCAAGCAAGAGCUGAGGCGCGAGCAGGAGCCGCUCUUGGAGCAAAUGAGGCGUGAGCAGCAGCUGGCUGAGGAAGAGGUACAACAGGAAGAGGCCAGUGAGCAGGACGAGAGCCACACUUUGAGGUGGCAGCGGCAGCUGGAAAGUGAGGCCGACGCCCGACAGAGCAAAGUCUACUCGAGGCCCCGCAGGCAGGAGCCGCAGAGGCGCCACCAGGAGCAAGAGGAAGAGGAGAGGCGGCUCCAGGAGCGCGAGCUGGGACUGCAAGAGCGGGAAGAGGAUGCCCAGUGGCCAAGGCGUACCCCCCGAGAGGAGCGCGAGAGGCAGCUGCGCCAGGAGGAAGAAGAGCAGCUCCGGAACCUCAAGUGGCAGUGGCAGGCUGAGCAAGAAAGUGAGAGGCGCAGCCAGAGGCUGUCGGCCAGGCCCCCAUUGCAAGAGCGGGAGCAGCGGGACCGGCAGCUGAAGGCGGAGCAACGCCAGGAGCCUGGACAACUGCUCCAAGAGGAGGAGCUGCGCAGACAACGACUCAAGAGGGAGCAGGAGCUGCAGUUCCGCGAGGAGGAGCAGCUCCAGGAGGAGUACCUCCAAGAGGAUCAGGAGAGGGAGCGGGGCCAGCAGCUACGCCGCGACCAAAAAUCGAGGUGGCCACUAGAAGAGGACAGCCAGAGACGCCGCCUCACUCAAUACACCAAGCCAGCUGAACGCGAACAGCUGCAGGGGGAGGAAGAGCGGCAGCAACGGGAGAAGAGGUUUCAGGAACGGGAGAGACAGUAUCGGGAGGAAGAGCAGCUGCUAAAGGAGGAAAGAGAGGAGCAACGCCUUCAGGAAGAAGACAGAAAGUUCCGUGAGGAGGAACAGCUUCUCCGAGAAAGGGAAGAACAGCUGCGCCACCAGGAACGCGACGGAAAAUUCCGUGAGGAGGAACAGCUCCUGCAGGAACGGGAAGAAAGGCAGCUGCUUCUCCAAGAGAGCGACAGAAAGCUCCACCAGGAGGUGCAGCAACUCCGCCGCCAGGAACGCGAGCAACAGCUUCGUCAGCAGCGCGACAGAAAAUAUCGUGAGGAGAAACAGUUUCUCCGGGAGAGGGAAGAACAGCUGCUUCGCCAAGAGCGCGACAGAAAAUUCCGUGAGGAGGAACAGCUCCUUCAGGAAAGGGGAGAAGAGCUGCGUCGCCAGGAACGCGACAGAAAAUUCCGUGAGGAGGAACAGCUCCUUCAGGAAAGGGGAGAACAGCUGCGUCGCCAGGAACGCGACAGAAAAUUCCGUGAGGAGGAACAGCUCCUUCAGGAAAGGGGAGAACAGCUGCGUCGCCAGGAACGCGACAGAUAUCUACGGGAGGAGGAACAGCUCCUUCAGGAAAGAGGAGAACAGCAGCUGCGUCGCCAAGAGCACGACAGAAAAUUCCGUGAGGAGGAACAGCUCCUUCAGGAAAGUGGAGAACAGCUGAGUCGCCGGGAACGCGACAGAAAAGUCCGUGAGGAGGAACAGCUCCUUCAGGAAAGGGGAGGACAACUGCGUCGUCAAGAGCGCGACAGAAAUCUACGCGAGGAGCAACAGCUCCUUCAGGAAAGGGAAGAACAGCUGCGUCGCCAGGAACGUGACAGAAAAUUCCGUGAGGAAGAACAGCUUCUAGAGGAAAGGGGAGAACAACUGCGUCGCCAGGAACGCGACAGAAAAUUCCGUGAGGAGGAACAGCUCCUUCAGGAAAGGGGAGAACAGCAGCUGCGUCGCCAGGAACGCGACAGAAAAUUCCGUGAGGAGGAACAGCUCCUUCAGGAAAGGGGAGAACAGCUGCGACGCCAGGAACGCGACAGAAAAGUCCGUGAGGAGGAACAGCUCCUUCAGGAAAGGGGAGAACAGCAGCUGCGUCGCCAGGAACGCGACAGAAAAAUCCGUGAGGAGGAACAGCUCCUUCAGGAAAGGGGAGAACAGCUGCGUCGCCAAGAGCGUGACAGGUAUCUACGGGAGGAGGAACAGCUCCUUCAGGAAAGGGGAGAACAGCAACUGCGUCGCCAAGAGAGCGACAGAAAAUUCCGUGAGGAGGAACAGCUCCUUCAGGAAAGGGGAGAACAACAGCUGCGACGCCAGGAACGCGACAGAAAAUUCCGUGAGGAGGAACAGCUCCUUCAGGAAAGGGGAGAACAGCUGCAUCGCCAAGAGCGUGACAGGUAUCUACGGGAGGAGGAACAGCUCCUUCAGGAAAGGGGAGAACAGCAGCUGCGUAGCCAAGAGCGCGACAGAUAUCUACGCGAGAAGGGACAGCAACUGCGCCGCCAGGAACGAGAGCAACAGCUUCGCCAGGAGCAGGACAGAGAAUCCGGUGAGGAGGAACAGCUUCUCCAAAAAAGGGAAGAACAACUGCGCCGCCAGGAACGUGAAAGAAAAUUCCGUGAGGGGGAACAGCUUCUCCGGGAACGAGAAGACCAGCAGCUGCGUCGCCAAGAGAGCGACAGAAAGCUCCGAGAGGAGGUACAGCAACUGCGCCGCCAGGAACGGGAGCAACAGCAAGAAAGAGAAUUUCAGAAGGAGGAACAGUUUCUCCAAGAAAGAGAACAGUUGCGCCGCCAGGAACGCGACAGGAAAUUUCGUGAGGGUGAACAGUUCCUCCAGGAAAGGGAAGAACAGCAGCGGCGUCGCCAAGAGCGCGACAGGUAUCUACCUGAGGAGGAACAACAGCUGCGCCGCCAGGAACGCGAGCAACAGCUGGUCCAGGAACGAGAAGAACAGCAGCUGCGUCGCCGAGAAGAGCAGCAGCAGCAGCGGGAGGAACGAGAACUGGGGCGCCGGCAGGUGCUAAAACAGCAGUACCGAGAAGAGGAGCCAUUUGCUCGGGAGAAGAGACGUCUUCAGGAACAGAAACUGCGGCAAGAAGAGCAGAGACGCCGCCAAGAGCCGGAAAGGAAACUCCGGGAAGAGAAGCUCCGCCGCCAGCUUGAGGAGGUGCAGAGGCGUGGCCAAGUCCGGGAGGAAAAAGAAAAGGGCCGUCAGCAGAUUCUGGAAUCUGGCAAGGGUCAGUUUGCCAGUGCCCCUGUGCGCUCCAGCCCUCUCUAUGAGUACAUCCAAGAGCAGAGAUCCCAACACCGCCCUUAAGAAAUGCCCUAUUCCAACACUUGGCCAAAGCUUCAGCAAAGGGAAAUGGGAAGCACUGGGUACCAAAUGACUGAAAUGAUUUUGGUUGUGGGAAAACUCAGAUGUUAGAAUAUGUCUUUAAUCCAAAAUCUUAAACUAUACUCAUUCCAUGUACUUUGUACUUCUACCUUUUAUUCUCCCUCAAGUAGUUCUUUACUGCAGGAUAUCUUUGGUGCAGAUGUGGUGACCAUUUUAAAAAACAAAUCAUUUAAUUUGUUUAAGGAGUUUUGUUUGGGGACAUGUUAAUUUAUUGCUUUCAAAAGUAAAAAGAAUAAUAUAAUAAUGUGACAUUCAAAAGACUUGGGUCCGUUGUUUUUUUUGGUUUUUUUUUAGUGGUUGAUAUAUCUUGUAGAGAAUUUAGUUAAUUUUAGUGUUAAAGUUGACAUAUCUUCUUGGGCCUAGAUUACGUUAAUAUUUAUCUCCAAAUAGUUUCUCAUCUUUUGUGGCAUAAUUAGCACAGAUUCUGCAAGGGGACUGAAUAUUUACAACUUUUGAAUAGUGUAAGGAAACUGACUUCUACAGAAAAACUCCCUGUGAAAUCAGCCCAUAACUGGAAGGAAUAUCUGUUAAGAAUAAGGUUUAGCUUUAAGAUUUAGAAUUUGAAUUGGAAUUUUUUACACUCAACUUCAUAAACAUUUAAAAUCUCAUAGAGCAAAAGUAAGGUGUUUCUCAAACAACUCCAGAGCUCAAAUUUUAAAACUGUCUGCCAUAGUCUAUAGUGCUCAGUUCUCUUCCUCCAGUCUUUGGUGAAUUUCAGAAUAUUGCUGCCUUAGUUAAUUUUAGCUGAGAGGGAACCUGUUCAGGAUUCUGUAAACGUCUGUCUUGCUCUAGGACCAAUAAGAGAUCACAGAGAGCAUUUGCGGGAGGGAAAGGGAAAAAUUUAUAAACAGAAGACCCAUCAGCCUAUAAUCCUUUGAGGCCUAUUGAUACUAUGUUGAAGGCAUUCUUGUUGAAAUAAUUGCACUGUAUAAAAAAUUAAUAAUAAAUUUUUGGCAAAUAAUUA